AUGAGCCGGCGCGCCUGCAACUGCUCCCCACGUUCGUCCUCCCGCUCCAGCUCCUGCAGCUGCAGCGCCGUGACAGCUCCCAGGCACCCUGGUCCCUUGGACAGUUGCAAAGAAAGCCCCAUUCUUUCUGUCAAAAUGAAGUGUGAUUUUAACCAAGUUCAUUCUGGACUUAAACUGGUAAAACCCGAUGACAGUGGAAGGCUGGGUUGCUACACUUCUGCAAGUUUGGAAGGUUCGUAUAAAGACUGCAUUAAAGACUAUGAAAGGUUAUCAGAUAUUGGGUCACCGAUUGUGAGCCCCAGGAUUGUAGAACUCGAAACUGAGAGCAAGCCCUUGCAUAACAAGGAAAAUCAACAUGUGCAACCAACACUUAAUAGUUCAAAUGAAAUAGAAGAACUAGAAAUCAGUGGACCUUAUGAAGACAGUGGAUAUUCUUCAUUUUCCAAAAAAAGUGGCCUCGAUGAACACGAAGAGGUCAGCCUUCCCCUGGAAGAAACUUUCAGUGGCAGUCCACAGUCUUGCUUGCUACAGACUCAAAGCCCAGGCCAAUAUCCCAACAAAAACUUGAUGCCGGCUCUUCAUUUCGCAAAAGUGGUUUGUUCAACAUUAAAAAAGAAUGCCAAACGAAAUCCUAAAAUAGAUUGGGAGAAGCUGAAGGAGUGUAAUGUAGAUUGGAGACUACAAAAUGUAAUUGGCAGGAAAAUGGGCUUAGACUUUGUAGAUAUUCUCGGUGAACUCUUUCGAAGGGGACUCAGACAUCUCUUAGCAAAUAUUUUAACACAACUCAGUGAUAUGGACUUAAUCAAUGUGUCUAAAGUGAGCACAACUUGGAGGAAGAUUCUAGAAGAUGAUAAGGGGGCAUUGCAGUUGUAUAAUAAAGCAAUGCAGAGAGUUACUGAAAAGAAGAUUAAGUUUUCAUCACAUGCUUCAACCAGAGAAUAUGUUAUGUUCAGAACUGCACUGGUUUCUGUUCAAAAGUCAGCAGCCAAGCCUGCCCCCAGGAACGAUGCUCAAGGCAAGUUGUCCGAUGCAGCUGAUCAGAAAGGUUCUACUUACAGUCGGCACAAUGAAUUCUCUGAGGUUGCCAAGACUUUGAAAAAUAAUGAAAGCCUCAAAGCCUGUAUUCGCUGUAAUUCACCUGCAAAAUACGAUUGCUAUUUACAACGGGCAGUCUGCAAACGAGACGGCUGUGGGUUUGAUUAUUGUACACGAUGUCUGUGUAAUUAUCAUACCACCCAAGACUGUUUGAAUGGCAAGCCUCCAAGGGCCAGUUAUAAAAUGGGUCCUCUGCCUGGUACUAAGAAAAGCAAGAAUAAUUUACGACGAUUAUGACCUCAUAUUAAUAUCUAUUAUAACUUAUUGUGAAGAUAGAGUGGGAGAGAGAGAGAAACAUCGACGUGAAAGAGACACAUCAAGU